GUGAGCCAAAAGGCCCAUAAGGCAACAGCAAACAGGGAAAAAACCAACUGCUCCAAAAGAAUGUGUUUUUCUCCCAUUCUGGAAAUCAACAUGCAGUCUGAAUCUAACAUUACAGUGCGAGAUGACAUUGAUGACAUCAACACCAAUAUGUACCAACCACUAUCAUAUCCAUUAAGCUUUCAAGUGUCUCUCACCGGAUUUCUUAUGUUAGAAAUUGUGUUGGGACUUGGCAGCAACCUCACCGUAUUGGUACUUUACUGCAUGAAAUCCAACUUAAUCAACUCUGUCAGUAACAUUAUUACAAUGAAUCUUCAUGUACUUGAUGUAAUCAUUUGUGUGGGAUGUAUUCCUCUAACUAUAGUUAUCCUCCUGCUUUCACUGGAGAGUAACACUGCUCUCAUCUGCUGUUUCCAUGAGGCCUGUGUAUCUUUUGCAAGUGUCUCAACAGCAAUCAACGUUUUUGCUAUCACUCUGGACAGAUACGACAUCUCUGUAAAGCCUGCAAAUCGAAUUCUGACAAUGGGCAGAGCUGUAAUGCUAAUGAUAUCCAUUUGGAUUUUUUCUUUUUUCUCCUUCCUGAUUCCCUUUAUUGAGGUGAAUUUUUUCAGCCUUCAAAGUGGAAAUACAUGGGAAAACAAGACACUUCUGUGUGUCAGUACAAAUGAAUACUACACUGAACUGGGAAUGUAUUAUCACCUGCUAGUACAGAUCCCAAUAUUCUUUUUCACUGUCAUAGUAAUGUUAAUCACAUACAGCAAAAUACUGCAGGCUCUCAAUAUUCGAAUAGGCACAAGAUUCUCAACAGGGCCAAAGAAGAAAGCAAGAAAGAAAAAGACAAUUUCUCUAACCACACAACAUGAAACUACAGACAUGUCACAAAGCAGUGGUGGGAGAAAUGUAGUCUUUGGUGUUAGAACUUCAGUUUCUGUAAUAAUUGCCCUCCGGCGAGCUAUGAAACGACACCGUGAACGACGAGAAAGGCAAAAAAGAGUCUUCAAAAUGUCUUUAUUGAUUAUUUCUACAUUUCUUCUCUGCUGGACACCAAUUUCUGUUUUAAAUACCACCAUUUUAUGUUUAGGCCCAAGUGACCUUUUAGUAAAAUUAAGGUUGUGUUUUCUAGUCAUGGGUUAUGGAACAACUAUAUUUCACCCUCUAUUAUAUGCAUUUACUAGACAAAAAUUUCAAAAGGUCUUGAAAAGUAAAAUGAAAAAGCGAGUUGUUUCCAUAGUAGAAGCUGAUCCCAUGCCUAAUAAUGCUGUAAUACACAACUCUUGGAUAGAUCCUAAAAGAAACAAAAAAAUUACAUUUGAAGAUAGUGAAAUAAGAGAAAAAUGUUUAGUACCUCAGGUUGUCACAGACUAGGGAAAAGUCUAAGUUUCACCAAACCCACAUUCAGAAGUUUUAAAUUUAAUUGUAAAAAUGAAAUUACUGCCAAAUAUAAGAAAACAAUUUUAAGUACUGGUUAUGUUGUAAAUUUUCAAUGUAAAUGUCAAGAUUAGAUUAGGUCAUAUAUAUUCAAUUUCUUCAUUACUUAAUGUAUUUGUUGCAUGGCAGUUUGUUAAGAUAAUAUCAUGUGUAUAUUUUGUCAAUAUUAUGUCCAUCAGAAGAUAUUCAUGUAAGUCAUAUUUUCUAAAGAAUAAAUACAUAGCCUUAAAACACUGUAUAACUUUAAAAUAUAACUGACACAGGUAUCCUUGCUUUUUUUUUUUUAUAAAGUGUAUUGUUUCUAAGCCAUGAAUUACAGAUAUAUUUAUAUGUUAAAACUGGAAUAGCAUUUUAACAUAAAAACCAAAAUUAUGGGCUCCAAGCAACCAAAACGACCCAGGAUUUUCUAUACCACUAUAUUAUGUUUUCUAGUAUAGUCUACUUGCUAUAAUAUUUGAUGCAUCAAAAAUAAUGAACUAUAUAUGAAACCAUCCUUUUUGGAAUGUAGGAAAUGGUAGGAUUUAUCAGGAUUUUAAAAUUCAA